GCCCAAUUACAAACAAAUUCGUUUUCAAGGCCGUCCCUAGGACCAGGUUGAUUUCUAACCUGUUGGCCAGACCAAUGGCCAGACCGCUGGCGCCCAAACUUGGUGUUUCGAUAGGCGUGCUAAGUAUCUCGAGCUACUGGCUCUAUCACAACCAAAUCAAGAACGAGGUGGCUUUUGGCGACGAAAAACGGCUCGAGCUAGAAAGUGCCGCUCAGGACAUCGCCCAGAAACCCCAAUAUGACAAGUCUCUCGGGGGAAAGCUGGACUACCAGGAGCUGUCCAUUGGAUCGAUGUGUGGCCUAGUCUGCGGCAUGGUUGUGGGAAAAUUGAGCUCCAUUUUCGUGUUUUUGUCCCUCAGUUUCUACCUGGGCGUCCAGUUCCUUAAUUCAAGGGGAAUCGUUUCUAUUCCUUGGACUCGCUACAUUAAAAUGGGCUCCCAUUUAAUUGACGUCAGGCAGAUGAUUUUCGAAAAACCAAGUUUCAACAUCACCUUCAU